UCCUGAGGGAAAUAAGAUAAGAUCGAAAAGUGCACUUGUGGAGUAUUUUCGGAAAACUGGGGAGACAACACUAAAAGCAGAAGAUUUUGAUUUUACGGCUUGUUAUCAGAGGAGUACCUGUUCGAGGGGGAAAAGGGCUGGCACAAAAGCAGCGAGAGCUGUUUUAGGGAAUGAGGAUUGUCACAGUCAAGUGCAAGACCUCUGCAUACAAAAUGGUGAAGAGGAUAGAAUUCAAAAUAUUCAGACUGGAAAUGAACGCCUGGAAGACCUUACAUCCACUCUGGAAAGCAAAGAUGUGAUCAUGAAAGGCUAUUAUUUCUUUACAGAAGAGUCUAUCCCACGAACACAAGUGCGUAAGAGGAAAACGAGUCCAUAUUUUUCAAGUAAAUACAGUAAAGAAGCUCCCAGCCCACCUAGAAGGAAGGCCUUCAGAAAAUGGACUCCUCCACGUUCUCCUUUUAAUCUGGUUCAAGAAACACUUUUUCAUGAUCCAUGGAAACUUCUCAUUGCAACCAUAUUUCUCAAUAAAACUUCAGGUAAAAUGGCAAUUCCUGUGCUCUGGGAGUUCCUUAAGAAGUAUCCUUCUCCUGAAAUAGCCAGGACUGCAGACAGGAAAGAAAUGUCAGAGCUGCUCAAACCUCUCGGCCUCUAUGAACUCAGAGCAAAAACUAUCAUCAAGUUCUCAGAUGAGUACCUGAGCAAGCGGUGGAAGUACCCCAUUGAGCUGCACGGGAUCGGGAAGUAUGGGAACGACUCCUACAGAAUCUUCUGUGUGAACGAAUGGAAAGAGGUGCAGCCGCAGGACCACAAGUUAAACGUGUACCACGCAUGGCUCUGGGAGAACCGGGAGCGACUGAGCAUCGACUGAGAAAAGC